AUUUAACAACAAGAGGUUAGUUUUGUUAUUUCUGUAUUGAAAUACCUAUUUAACAAUUUCAUUCUUCAAAAUUAAACCAGAAACCUGACAAAAUGUCUAAUAAGCAUUUAUUUCUCAAAUCUGGAUUUCCACGUGCGCCUCUUCAAAAUGGUUUGGGCCGUUAUAUUUGCCAAUUGCAGCGUGUUACGCUUAAGUUCUGCAAGAACCAUGGCGCCAGUCGCGGCAUGAGAGGAUUCAUCGAAAAUCACCUACUUGAUUUUGCCAAAGAAAAUCCCGGAGUAGUGGUUUAUGUAAAACCGCGCCGCCAUCGCGGACCUGUCAUAGUUGGUGAAUAUUUAAACGGGGAUCGUGAAUGGUUAUCUUGUCAAAAUGCCACUAAAGACGAUAUUUCGAAGUGGCUGCAGUUACUGAAAACACAAAAUGGAAGUUCAAGCUCACUUCGUUUACGUAAAAUGUGGCAUACCGAUAUACCUUCAAUACAGGGCCCUUGGACGCCUUUUACACUCCGUAAUCCAGAAGAUAAUAUGGAGACAUUCCCCAAUGAGGCUGCUUCACGUCCACUCGAUUUGGAACAAUCGGCUACAGAGAAACUUAUUGAGUUGUUCAAACAACAACGACUCGCUGAUGAUAGCAAAGUUGCGGAGCAAGUUUUGGAAGAAAAACGUGCUGAAUAAGUGUAAUUAAUAGUUUAGAGUACUCGUAAAAGCAAAAGAUUUCAAAAUACACAUAAUAAAUUAGAAAAAAAUAAAUAAA